AUGAUCGGGGAGAGCGUCAUAGAGGCAUGCAUGUUUGCGUAUUGCCGGGUGAUGAUGGGGACAAGAAUCAGUACAGACACUUUCCAAUUCGACUUGAAUGUGAUGGCCAGUGGCCCUGGCACCUCCUCCACCUACGCAAUCACGACCAUCAAAAUCCUUGUGGCACAACCCAUCACUCGAAUGGCCGGUCUGCUAUCGGUUUGGGACGCGCACCCUUCCAUGCGGGAGGAAGUGGCUCGUCGGCUUCUGGCCAGUUCGGGUGCAACCCGCGAACGGCGCGGUUGCUUAGUUAGCAAUUUUGUUGGCCAGAGGAAUAUGAACAUGGGUGUUCAAGCGACCAAAACAUUGCCUUUGGUGACAGAGCUUAUGUUCGAAGAUCGAAUGAGCUGUGUGGAUCUGAUGAGGACGGAUGGUGUUGUCCACCGGGGGUAUUGA